GCAUCGCUACGCACCCUUGCGCUGGAGCUACGGCGGCGUGCGAGCGCAGGACCGGACGCGGCGAAUGAACCGCAGAUGACAGAACGGCCGCCGGCGGAGGCCAGCGACUCGCAGCUCAUCCGCGAAAUCGAGUGGCAGGUCCAAGACGGAAGGGUAUCGACGGCACUGCGACUCGCAGACGCGACCCUCGCCCGCACGCUGCUCUCCGUGCUCAGCAACCUCGACCGCCUUACGGACGUCGACACGUCGCUCUCCACUCCACUGUCGACGCCGGGCCCCGCCGAUCUUGCCUCCACGCAUAACAUGCCACAUCAAUCGGAGAAUCCGUUUGACACGCUCUCGCGCACCGUCAGUGACCUGCAGAUGGAGCGUUCCACAUCCACCACGUCCGUGAGCGGGAUCCUGUCCCCUCAACGCCACGUACAGAGCGCGCUGCUAUGGUCCAACGUAGAGCAAGACCUAGAGACCGUGCUCGACCUCUGCGCGGCGCGGCGACGCCCGCCCGGUCUCGAAGGCGUUGUCGGCAACCACCUUCCCCCCGAGUACGAUUACGAUCACGGCUUCGGGGACGACGAGCUCCCGCCCGAGUACGAGGGCUCGAUGUACUCCGUGCAAAAAUCGGAGCACAAGCAUUCGGGAUGGGCGGAGACGAGCAGCGUCCGGGGCGCCGGUGGGGACGAGAAGAUGCGGAUGGAUCUGGACGCGGUCACGAGCGCUAUCGACCGCCUGUACGACGUCUGCCCGCAACUGCACAAUCAGCGCGUCGAGCUUCGGAGCGACAAGCGCGCACAACUCGAGCGAGCGCGGACGACCGGCUUUCCCUCUUCCUCCUCUUCGGCCUCUGCGUCAAAGACGAAAUCUAAGGCGCGGGCGAUGAUGGGCGAGGACGCGGGUGCGAAGAAUGAGGAGGAUAUUCAAGACCUUCAACGUCUGCUCGACAUGCUCGGGCGCGCGUCUGAACGCAAGCUGGUCGACCAGGCGGUCGUGCUCAAGGGCCCCGGCGGGAUGGAGGCACAGCUUGAACGAUCCAAACAGCGAGCGUUGCAACAGAAAGAAACCUUCGUUAACCACCUCGCACAACACUCCGAUGCUCGGAGGCUGCACGACCAGGACGCCGAGCGCCGGGAGCGACAGCGGGACCCGCAUGCGCUGCUCACGCUUCCUGAGUUCAUGCGCGAGGCGAUCCCCGCUGAGCUGCAGCGUGAAUUAGAUGCGGACCCGGAGGCGAUGCUCACGCUGCCCGAAUUCAUCCGCCAGCCCGUGCCGCCGGGGCUCGUUGCCAGUACCAGCAGGAGUGAGCAGCAAAUCGCGACGGAGGAGGCGACGAAACGGCCAUCGUCUUCGCGGAGCCGAAGUUUGAGUGCGCCGCCUUUGGCGUGGCUGCUGUCGCGGGAGAGCUCGCGGCCGGGGACGCCCGGAAGCGCGGAGAAGGAGAAGGAGCGGUCUCUGUCGCGGAAAGGGUCGAAGAAGUCGCGGCCCAAGUCGUCAAGCGGGAAGGAGGUAGCAAUGCCGUCGCUCGCACAGGGCCUUCAAGCGGGCCUGGAGGUGACCUACGUCGCGGAGCACCACGAAAAUCUCCAACAUGUCCUCGUCUUCGCGAGCGUUGCGAACGUUGUGCCCGGGAAGAACGUUACGGCGCAAGUCCUGCUCGCUUCCGGCGUCGGCGGUGAUGCCGAGCGCGAACGGCUUGUGUUCCGCUGCGGCGACCGCACGAGCGCGCCGCUCGCGUUGCCCGUACGCGUACGCCCGGGCGAGCGCGAUGUGCUUGUGCAGAGCACGCAUUACGAGGUCAAGAUACCCACAUAUGGGUCUAGUGCGCCGUCCUCCCCUGGAUUUGAGGGCACGUUGCAGCCUCAGUCGGAGCACGAUCGCCCGCCGCUUUUGGACGCACAGCAACUGACCGACGCGCAACCGACGUCGUUCAUUUGCGCGUCCUGCUCGCUCCCACUCGUCGCGCCUGCGCGAGCGGGCUGCGAGUAUCGCGACUUGCCAUCGGAGCACUGGGCGGAACUCGUUGACGCGUGGAUGUGUCAUACCACGCAGAAGCUCAAUGAGCAGGUCGUGCGGCACGGGAAGGGCAUAUGGCCGCAUCCGGGCGAGGCGCUCGUCGGUGGUAGCUAUGUCUUGUUUGACGAUGGUUGCAUAGUCAAGACGAACCUCGCGGCGGCAGACGAGCCAAAGAGAGGCGAGGAUUGGCGGCUAGUCAGGUGUCUAUGCGGGGCUGUCGCUGGGCGGUGUAAGGACAACCGAACGGAGGACGGCACGCUGUCUGUCACGUAUCGCUUGGCCAAAUAUGCCAUACGACCCGUAAGCAGCAAGGCGAAUCUGUCGCAGGUUCCGCUCUCGGCCUUCAUCGUAGAGGACAUGGUGGAGCUGGUCCAAGCCCACGCGACCUAUCGAUUCGUUAUCUUCGACGAAGAGGAUGAACGGCCACGUCUGCUGAUAUGGUUAUUCAAACCAAGCAUCCGCCUCGCGUACACCACGCCCGCGCAGUACCUCAUCCCUCGCAGCGGCACCCUCCGAGCUGCGAAAACCCUCUGGAAGAUCCUCGGACCCAACACAGAUCCCGCAGAACUGCCUGCCAUUUUGGACAAGUAUCCGGGCUUUCCGCAGGCAGAGCACCUCUUUUAUCCGAUGAGCGUCUGCCGCCGGUUAGCGGCCAUGCUCAAGGAGAGCAGCGGCGCCUAUCCCGAGAGCGUGCGCGUGAUGUGUGGACUUGAAGUGGGAUGGCUGAAGAGGGCUUGAUUAUCCGUUCAUCAGGGUGUCGUUCUUCUGUCGCAUUUGUUAUCGUUCCUGUAUAGAUUGCAGGUUGUAGCCUACCUACUGUGGUUAUGUUUGACCAAACUUGAAAAAUUUU